UGACGAACAGCCGCCUUCAUUUUAAAAAAAAGGGACAGGUUUCCGUUCACUCAGACAAGAGAGAACAGCCCUCAGCUUUCUCCUCGCUUCCGGAAAGCUGCCACAAACAACCACAGAGUCUGUGAUUGCCUUGGCCAUGGAGUUUUUCAGCUGGCUGCUGGUGCUAUCCAUCAUCCUCUACUAUUUCUGGAAGCGUGGAAGUCCCAAAGAUUUCCCUCCAGGACCACGACCUCUCCCUUUCGUUGGCAAUGUGUUUCAAAUGAGUUUUCGAAAUCCCCUGAAGUAUUUGCAAAAGAUAGGAAAACAAUACGGCCCCGUCAUGACUUUUCAUUCAGGGCAGACAACUAUGUUGCUUAUUCGAGACGUGAGACUUGCUAAAGAAGUCCUGUUGACUAAAGGAACUGAAUUUGCUGGGAGGCCAGAGAAUCCUAUUACUGAUUUUACCAGUAAGAAAAAAGGAAUAAUCAUGGCGCCCUAUGGCCAGGCCUGGAAGGAACAGCGGAGGUUUUCUCUGAUGGUUCUCCGGAAUUUUGGGCUGGGCAAGAAGUCGAUGGAGGAGAGAAUCCUGGCAGAAGUGGCGUAUUUGAUUCAAGCAUUUACAGAAAACAUGAGAGCUCCUUUUGACCCCUUAUGUUUCACGGACCGUGCAGUGACGAACAUAAUAUCUAGCAUUGUAUUUGGGAAACGUUUCGAAUAUGAUGAUGCCACCCUCCGGAAAGUGCUGGACCUGCUCCAUCUGAACUUGAAACUUUCGACAGGACCCUGGGCACUGCUUUACAAUGAAGUCCCACUGUUGAGACGGCUCCCUCUGCCCCACAAAACUAUAUUAGAAAAUGUCCAGAAGGUCUUUGCUUUCCUCACAAAAGAGCUGGAUGAACACAAGGCAACCUUUGUCCCGGGAGAGCACCGAGAUUUUAUUGAUGCAUAUCUAGACGAAAUGCAAAAGCCAGAAAAGAAAGGAUUGAGUUUUGACGAUGAGAACUUGCUCAUCGUUGUGUCUGAUCUAUUCUUGGCUGGGUCAGAAACGACCGCAAGAACUCUCCAGUGGGGAUUGCUCUACAUGAUGGCCUAUCCAGAGAUCCAAGAGAAAUGCCAGCAGGAAAUGGAUGCUGUUCUUGGCAACAAUGCAUGCUUGAAAUGUGAUGAUCGGGAAAGGUUGCCUUACACAAACGCCGUCAUUCAUGAAAUCCUGCGAUUUUCAAGUGUGGUGCCCUUGGGGCUAGCCCAUGCCCCAAUCAAAGACAUGCAGCUUUCUGGAUAUGUAAUUCCCAAGGGAACAGCAGUGGUGAUUAAUAUUCACGCUAUCAAUCAUGAUGAGUCCCUCUGGAAGUCCCCAAAUAAAUUCGACCCUUCUAACUUUCUGAAUGAAAAGGGAGAGUUUGUGAAGCCGGAAGCCUUUUUAGCUUUUUCAGCAGGCCCAAGGGUUUGCUUAGGGGAGAAUCUGGCUCGGAUGGAGUUGUUCCUGUUCUUCACCAGCAUGCUGAGAAACUUCCAGGUCUCCUGGCCGGAUGAGUCAAGCGCGCCGGAUUGCACACCCCAGUUUGGCGGUGUCAUGGUUCCAUCGCCCUUUAAGGUGUCACUGAAGCAGCGCCAGCAAAAAUGAAGGCCCACAUCCAGAGGGAAGCGCUUCCAAGCCGCCACCCCACAAAUGCUGAUAAACAUGAAUUAUAGAGAACAAUAUUUUAAUAGCAAUCUCUGUGCAUAGCACGGCCUCUGGCUCUCUUUAGUGGCCGGUUCUUGUAACUUCCUCUUUAGAAAUAUAGAUUUCUAGGAUUUUUCUUUUAAGAUUUUUAAGAUUUUCAAACUGUGGAUAAGUGAAUUAGUGAAUACUGAUCCCGUGGAUAUGGGAGUUCUACUGUACAUCUACAAGAGAUCCAAAUCUUGUUCUUGAUCAGAGUUUAAGAACAUUAAAUAACAAUAAAUAAAGAAGAUCAGAGUUCACGAAUAAAUAAAUGUAAAUAAUAUAUUCUAAUAAAAGAAGGUCGUGUUGGAACAUAAAUAUAAAAAACAAAGUAGCAGUUAUUUUUGGAAUCCUAAGGUGAAAGAGCUUGAUCAGAUGAAUGUCAAUUGAGCCACUGGUCAACAUUAUGCUGGAUUUUAUAUACCACCACUGAAAUUAACAUACUUCUGUGUAUUUUCCAAUUUUUGUACACUCUGCAAAGACCCUUUGAAGCUCAGGAGUAGUAAGGUAGUCCGAUGGCUUCCCGAGAUCCUUGGGGAACACACACUCAGCCUUGAAUCUUGGAGGGCCCAACUUCAAGUUGACUUCAAUCAACUACUUGAUUAGUUAGUUGCUGUUUCUGUAAUUUUUUCUUGUGACGGACUAAUUGUACUUGGGUUUCCUUGUACAAACAGAUCUUUUAUUCUAUAAAUUCCUGUGUUCUCCCAAAUUUUAAACUGAAGAUGUUUAUCCUUAGAUUUAAACUGAGAGUGUUCUGGAGAAGGACACGAGGGGGAUAUUGGAGGGGCAGGAAUUUCCACAUUUCUUCUCCAUGUCCUCAUUGCUUCUAUAAUAAAAAGGUUCUGUAACUGA